AUGGCGAACGUUCGGGAUAGUGACACUUCCUUGUGGCUCCACAAUAAACUCGGAAUAUCGAAUGAUUCUUGGACAAGUGGCUCAAUUUGUACACAAUUAAAUGCAGAAGUGUUGAAAAAUAUCAAGGAUUGUUUCCCAGAUUUGCAAACACAAGUGAAACUGAAAUUAUUGUUAAGUUUCUUUCAUAUCCCGCGCAGAAAUGUUGAAGAGUGGAGAAACGAACUUGAGGAAAUUAUUGAAGUUGCAGCAGUUGACUCAGAUCUUUGGGUGGCCAUGCUUGCAGAGGUUCUCAAGACCUUUCCCUCUGCUGGAACACUUAAUACAGAGAUAGCGGAGUUUGAUGAAACAAGACCUAUAUUUAGCGAUAUGAUUGGAGAACUAAGAAGAGCAUUAGUCAAACACUCUGAUCUUGGACUGCUACCUUUAGAAUGUCUAUAUUUAAAUAAGAAUGCAUUGGUAUCUGUGGUUGGCCAGCAACCAAAUCCAGUUAAACAUUUUACUCUUAAGCGUAAACCAAAAUCUGUGGCCUUACGAAGUGAACUGUUAGCGAAAGCUACCGAAGUUCAAGCAAACCAGAAGAAGGCACAAGCCCCCACUGUUCCUGUUAGAUCACGAGGCAUGCCAAGAAAGAUGACUGAUACCACGCCGCUGAAAGGGCUGCCGUCGCGCUGGGCGGCGCGCAGCCUGGGCCGCGUGGCGGCGCCGGUGGCGCGGCCGCCGCCGCGCGCCGGCAUCAAGCUGCUCGACAUCAACGAGCAGCCCGCCACGCACGCGCAGAUCAAGAAGCGCAGGAAACUCGAAAUGGAGGAAGGUGCAAAGAAACAACCUCCAGCAGCACCUCCCUCGCCGCCGCCUGAUUAUGCGAAAGGACUCAACAACUACCAAAUGCCAAAAGUCGAGGAGCAACCUGCCAAUGAACCACUUACACCAUCAAGCAGUGCAGAAACAGUGCAGACAGAACCUGAAGCAAGUGCUCCAACUGAUACCACUGCCCCACUAUCAAGCCCUGUUUUGCUACAGCAAACAACUGGAGCAAAACCAAUAGUAAUAGGGCAACAACCAAAACUCCUUAUAGCGGGACAAGCAGGUGGCAAGCCUUUAUUACUAUCGGCUCAGAACCUCCUGAACACUUCUGCAGUUAUCCUGCAAGGUGGUGGCAAGGCUGUGCUAUUGCAGAAUAUCAAACCUAUGACACAACCUGUGGUGCAAGCGGCUGCUCGGGCGACACAACCUAUUCAACAUCAAAUUCCCGUACAAAUGGCGACCCCUGUGCAGACGGCGACGGUCCCAACGGUGGGUACUGUCCCCACUGUCGCCGCAGUGCACACGGCGCCGCCGGUGCCCGCUGUGCCGCACCAACAGCAGCAGCAGCAACAACAACAACAAACGCCGCAGCAACAACCGCAGCAACAGCAACAGCCACAACAACAACAACAGACGCCGUUACUGCCGCGUAGAGGACUCUCACUUACUAGGGAACAAAUGCUGGAAGCACAAGAUAUGUUCCGGAACGCGAAUCGUGUUACCAGACCAGAGAAGGCACUUAUCCUUGGCUUCAUGGCCGGGUCCAGGGAUAAUCCAUGUCCGAACCUUGGCAAUAUUGUGACAAUUAAACUGUCAGAAAACAUAGAGAAUGUUCUACAAUCAGAUGACACGUACCUAACGAUGUUGUCAGAGAUGCACUUCCAGAUGAAUUACAACAACGGACAGUGGACGCGGCUCAAAAAAUACCGCCACAUCGACGGUAUGGUGCCCCAGAAAAUCCCGCCCGGCUCCACCGUCAUCUCAGCCAACAACCAGCAGCCCGUCGUCUCGAUUGCCAACCAGAGUGUCAGUUAA